AUGAAAUUCCAGUUCAACAUUUUUAUUUUCGUUGCAACCUUUGUUGCUGGAAGUAACGCGGGAGGUCCAUCAGAGCCACAAGUAUGCACUGUAGUUGCAGAAGUCGCUUACGAGUUCAACUCAUUCACUACCAAUCUUCUUCGACUUUACAUUCUCAAUUUACCACGCAGUGAUGAAGCUUCAAGUGAUGAGAAACUAUUAGGUAUGGCCAGCAUAGUGGAAGGAAGUGCUGAUGUUCCAGAAGAAGAUAAGAAAACUAUGCAUGACUUAGUAAAUCAUGAAAAUAGAUUUGAUGGAAGAUCAUUGGCUGAUGGACUUACUCAUGAUAAUAUCUGGGAUUGCUUUAUUGGCAUCUUCACUGGUGCAUUGGAUGGGGUUUUGGCUAUUUAA